AUGAGUCUUGACAGUCCGUUUGAUGGAGCGGUUGGGAAAAGGCCGCUGUCGGAAGUUAGCACGAAUUCCAACGAUGUCUCUAGCGUUCAAAAUGAGGGAGCAAAGAAAUCGCGGGUUCAAGACGAGGAAAAGGAGAUUUUUGACCAAGAACCGCCAGCAGAUGAAUUGGAAGACGUGGUCGAUGAUUACGUGCCAACUCAGGCCGGUGAGUCCAAACGUGAGCCACCAGAAACAGACGCUGGCGACUCAAAAGACAUCCUAGACGCACUCAACGAAUACAUGCCGGCUGACCCGGCACCUGCGGUCGAAAUUACUCGUAAUCCACUGACAGGCAAGUACAGGUUCCCUUUCAUCAGCAAAGAGGAGUCAUUGGCCGCACGGUCGUAUUUGAAAUAUCAUGGUUCAGGCCGGUUUCUGGACUCACAUCUGCCAGAAGACCUCAACUCGCUGUACAUUUACCACCUCAUAAAGCUUUUGGGUUUCCAGAUUAAGGACAAACAACUUUUAGGAGCCGUUCAAGCCGUUUCUGAAAACGAGACUCUGCCGCAAGGUACGGUGUCAUCUGCUGAGUUUCAGCAGCCCAACGGAAAGGAGAAAAGCCAGGACCCCGAUGAGAGUGAUUAUUUUGAUGAUCCCCUGGAGAAAAAACACGCUGUGCGUUUAAUAAAAGAUUUACAAAAAGCCAUGAACAAAGUGCUGAGCACUAGAAUGCGUUUGGCAAAUUUCCACUCUUUAGACCAUUUUGUUGAAAAACUAAAAACUGCGAAAAAGGUCCUCAUUCUGACAGGAGCCGGUAUUUCCACUUCUUUAGGGAUCCCGGAUUUUCGGUCGUCUGAAGGUUUCUACUCCAAGAUCAGACAUCUGGGUCUCGAUGACCCACAGGAUGUGUUCAACUACGAGAUCUUCAUGCAAGACCCAUCCGUUUUUUACAACAUAGCGCAUAUGGUUUUACCGCCUGAAAACAUAUACUCCCCAUUGCACAGUUUUAUUCGCAUGAUUCAGGACAAGAGUAAGCUUUUGAGAAAUUACACUCAAAAUAUUGAUAAUCUAGAGUCCUAUGCAGGCAUACAGUCCGAGAAAAUGGUUCAAUGUCACGGUUCUUUUGCCACCGCGUCGUGCGUCACUUGUCAUUGGAAGCUCCCGGGGGAGAGAAUUUUCAGCAACAUAAGAAAUCUUGAACUGCCGUUGUGUCCGUAUUGCUAUAAGAAACGUCAAGAGUUUUUUCCUACAAACGUUCCUGGCUCGAAAGAAAGAGAAGGCGAGGAUUUCAAUAGUCUGUUUGGCAACGUACUCAAGUCCUAUGGUGUUUUGAAGCCUGACAUCACUUUUUUCGGCGAAGCGCUACCUUCAAAAUUUCACCGUUUCAUUCGCGACGACGUCUUGAAAUGUGAUCUUCUCAUUUGCAUUGGCACCAGUUUGAAAGUGGCGCCCGUGUCUGAAAUUGUCAACAUGAUCCCCGCAUACGUGCCCCAGGUGCUCAUCAACAAAGAUCCAGUAAGACAUGCCGAGUUCGACCUGUCGCUGCUGGGCUACUGUGACGACGUUGCGGCCCUUGUAACCCAAAAAUGUGGCUGGUCCAUGCCUCACGAUAAGUGGCUUGCUCUUAAAGAAACAGAGUAUGUUUGUGAGUUGCACGAAAGAGGUACUUACGAAAUUCAUGCCAAAUCUACUGACGAAUCAGAAAAAGAUUCUAGCAGUGAGCAGUAA